UUCCGGGCGGCUGCCCAGGGCGGCUGCGCGUGUUGCCAUAGCGACCAUUUUACGUUAACUGGUUUGCGGCUUUCGCCCAGCUGGCGAGGAGGCCACGGGGCCAGCUUUUUCUUUCCCGACACCGUCUAGGCACCUUGCGGCCGAAAGGUCUUAAUAGGCUCCGGGGAUCUGGCCUAAGGUUCUGCGGCGCUCCGCGGGGUUAGGAUGGCUGCGGAAGAAGAAGAUGAGGUAGAGUGGGUGGUGGAGAGCAUCGCGGGGUUCCUGCGAGGGCCGGACUGGUCCAUCCCCAUCUUGGACUUUGUGGAGCAGAGAUGUGAAGUUUUUGAUGAUGAAGAAGAAAGCAAAUUGACCUAUACAGAGAUUCAUCAGGAAUACAAAGAACUAGUUGAAAAGCUGUUAGAAAGUUACCUCAAAGAAAUUGGAAUUAAUGAAGAUCAAUUUCAAGAAGCGUGCACUUCUCCUCUUGCAAAGACCCGUACAUCACAGGCCAUUUUGCAACCCGUGUUGGCUGCAGAAGAUUUUACUAUCUUUAAAGCAAUGAUGGUCCAGAAAAACAUUGAAAUGCAGCUGCAAGCCAUUCGAAUAAUUCAAGAGAGAAAUGGUGUAUUACCUGACUGCCUAACAGAUGGUUCUGAUGUGGUCAGUGACCUUGAACAGGAAGAGAUGAAAAUCCUGAGGGAAGUUCUUAGAAAAUCAAAAGAGGAAUAUGACCAAGAGGAAGAAAGGAAGAGAAAAAAGCAGUUAUCAGAGGCUAAAACAGAAGAACCCCCAAUGCAUGCUAACGAAACUACAAAAAUGAAUAAUUCUCAAGGGGAUGGUGAACAUUUUGCACAUCCAUCCACAGAAGUUAAAGUGCAUUUUGCUAAUCAGUCAGUACAACCUUUGGCACGAGAGCUGGAAAUGUUGCCUGAAACUUCCACCCUUCCACAAAAAGGCCUGAAGAUUCCUGGCUUUGAACAUGCAAGCAUUGAAGGACCAAUAGCAAAUUUAUCAACACUUGGAACAGAAGAACUCCGGCAACGAGAACACUAUCUCAAGCAGAAGAGAGAUAAGUUAAUGUCCAUGAGAAAGGAUAUGAGGACUAAGCAGAUACAAAAUUCGGAAGAGAAAGGAAAACCUGCUGGUGAGGUAAAGGAAAUGACAGAGAAACCAGAAAUGACAGCAGAGGAGAAGCAAACAUUGCUAAAGAGGAGAUUGCUUGCAGAGAAACUUAAAGAAGAAGUUAUUAAUAAGUAAAUUUAAAACCAAUUUUGCAAAACAGAAGUUCAAAUUUUCUAAAAAUAAAUUAUUUAAUCCUUACACUGA